CCCCGCCCCCAUUUUCCAUCCCAGCUCCGCCUCCUUCCCCGAACCUUCCCUAGUUUCUGGCUGUUCUAGCCCCACUCUUCCCUCCUGGACCGAGAGUGACUGUCCCGCGCGCUCCGAGAGGAGGUUGGGACUCUGCCCGGGAGGAGCCGGUCGCGCGCUUCGCUGCUACCUGGGCUUCAUGACGCCCCCGAGGGCAUCACGGGGGAAUCCCGACGCAGCCGCGAGACCCCAGGUAGAUUUACAUUUUCUCCAACGCUUCAUAAAGAUACAGUCCAUCUUGUUUCCCAGUUUUUCCUCACAGAAUGCUUUGAUGUUCCUGACCCUUCUCUGUGUCACUCUGCUGGAGCAGCUGGUCAUCUACCAGGUGGGGCUAAUACCAAGUCAAUACUAUGGUGUCUUAGGAAACAAGGAUCUGGAUGGAUUCAAGACCCUGACAUGUUUAGCUCUUGUUCUCAUCGUGAUCAACUCCACACUGAAGAGCUUUGACCAGUUUAUCUGUAACCUGUUGUAUGUGAACUGGAGGAAGAACCUUACUGAGCAUCUUCAUUGUCUUUACUUCCGGGGCCGAAUCUACUAUACCCUCAACGUGAUUCGUGAUGACAUUGAUAAUCCGGAUCAGCGUAUUAGUCAAGAUGUAGAGAGAUUCUGUCGACAGCUCAGCACCAUGGCCAGCAAGCUGAUCAUCUCCCCUUUCACCAUCUCCUACUACACAUAUCAGUGCUUUCAAAGUACAGGCUGGCUUGGACCAGUGAGUAUCUUUGGUUACUUUGUCCUGGGAACCAUAGUGAACAAAGUCCUCAUGAGCCCUAUUGUUUCAAAGCUGGUUCAACAGGAGAAACUGGAAGGAGAUUUCAGGUUUAAACAUGUGCAGCUUCGGGUAAAUGCUGAGCCAGCAGCUUUCUAUAGAGCUGGGCAUGUGGAACAUGUGAGGACGAAUUACAGGUUGCAGAAACUCCUGCAGACUCAGAAGGAACUCAUGUCCAAGGAACUUUGGCUUUAUAUUGGCAUCAACACAUUCGACUACUUGGGCAGCAUCCUGAGCUAUGUGGUUAUUGCAAUCCCCAUCUUCAGCGGUGUCUAUGGCGACUUGGCCCCAGCAGAACUAAGUGCCCUGGUUAGCAAGAACGCCUUUGUGUCCAUUUAUCUCAUCGGUUGCUUCAGUCAACUUAUUGACCUCUCAACAACCUUCUCUGAUGUGGCUGGCUAUACACACAGAAUUGGGGAAUUGCAAGAAACCCUGUUGGACAUGUCUUUAAAGCCUCGAGACUGUGAUUCAGAAGAUUUGGAUGAAUGGGAUUUUGAUGAGGCCUCAGAAUCAAAGGUCACUGACACAGCCUUUCGCCUGGAUCGGGUCUCCAUUUCAGUCCCAUCUUCUGACAAGCCUCUGAUCAAGGAUCUGAGCCUGACAGUUUCUGAGGGGCAGAGCCUGCUUAUCACAGGGAACACGGGCACUGGCAAAAGCUCCUUGCUCAGGGUCCUGGCCGGCUUGUGGGAGAGUAUGCAUGGUACUGUACAGAUGAUGACAAGUUUUGGACCUCAUGGAGUGUUGUUUCUGCCACAGAGACCUUUCUUCACAGAUGGGACUUUGCGUGAGCAGGUAAUUUAUCCUUUGAAAGAAAUCUACCCAGUAUCAGGUUCUGCUGAUGAUGAAAGAAUCAUGAGGUUCUUGGAAUUAGCUGGCCUGUCAAGUCUGGUGGCAAGGACAGGGGGACUGGACCAACAGGUAGACUGGAACUGGUAUGACGUUUUGUCCCCAGGAGAGAUGCAAAGACUUUCUUUUGCCCGGCUCUUCUAUUUGCAACCUAAAUAUGCAGUGUUGGACGAAGCCACAAGCGCUCUCACCGAAGAGGUGGAGAGUGAGCUGUACCGCAUCUGCCAACAGCUGGGUAUGACGCUCAUCAGCGUGGGACAUCGACAAAGUCUAGAGAAGUUCCAUUCUUCAGUUCUGAAACUUUGUGGAGGAGGAAAAUGGGAACUUAUCAUCAACAAAGAAGAAUGAAACAGCUGAGGAAAUGGGCAGCUUCUGAAAAGAGCCAAGCCCCAUUUGGGCUGUUUAUCCAGAAGUGACCAGGAAAGCUGAUUAAGUAAGCAAGGACUAACCCCUUAAGUAGACUUCCUGUGGAUUGAAAGUAUUUGCUGCUGCUGCCUUAAUUUGGGCAGAAUGUUUAGUUGGUGCUUAGUCCCUACCUCCAGUGCCUUUUUGGGGGACAUCCCCCAACCUCAGCCAGGACCCAGGAUCCUUAAAAUGCUUAGUAAUUUAAGUACCUGAGUUAUUUAAAGUUAAAUAACUUGAGUUAUUUAGUAUUUGAAAGGUAUUUUCAUGUACCUUUCUUAUGAAAAAAGAAUAAGAGCAAAAGGGAAAAAACCAUGAGAAAGAAAAAACAAAAAAUAAAAAAUAAUAAAGUACACGUUUGCUAAAGAAACCAAGUUCUCAAACAUAGGUGUUCUCAAAAAGCAUUGAAUUGGGCCUUUUCUUCUGGUUUGAAUUCUGCCACCAACUAGGCCCUAGUUUGAUUAUAGGCUCGGAUUUUUCAUCUAUAAAAUGAAAGAGCUGGAUUAGAUAGGGGGAAGGAAAGAGAAGGAAGGGAAUAAACAUUUAGAUAGCAUCUGCUAUGUGCCAGGCACCCUGCUAGGUACUUUUUAUAAAUAUUUUUAUAUUUGAUCUUCCCUGUGAGAUAGAAAUGAUCUUUUUUUUUACAGUUAAGAAAACUGAAAAAUGGAGGUGUAGGGACUUGCCCAGCAUUAUAUAGCUGUUAAAAAUCAAAGGCUGGAUCUGAACUCAGAUUCCAGAUCUGAUUUCUAAGCACUACAGUACUGUCUAAACUUCCCAGAUCACUAAGGUCCAGAAAUGGGAACUACAUAAAUUAAGUGGUGACUUAAUUAAAGGUUUAAUUUUCAUCUUAUGACCACUUAAAUUUUUUUUUAAGUUACACAUAUAAUUGUUUUAAAUUAUAAUAUUUUAAGCUUAAAAACUUUUCUAAGCUGGUAACCUUUAGAUUUUUAAUGGCCUUUAAUGAACAAUAGGUGGGAUUUUUUUGUGGGAGUAGAGUUGUGUCCUUUUAUCUGUUGGAAAUAACAAUCCUAAAAUCCCUCUGGGUUAGAAAUCACCCUCAUCUUGUGGGGUCUGUGAGUGGUAGUGGUCUGAGGAAGACGCCUGCCUUCUAAUCAUUCAUUUUUUCUGGUAGUCAACUAAGACCAAAACAAAGAAACUGAGUAGCACUGCAGUAUUUGGUCAUAAAUCAGGUAAUUUUCCAUUUUAACUUAGACAAUGUGUUUUGCACAUGGUUUGAAGGAUUAGAAAUUUCCUCUUUGCUCAACCAGACUUUUAACUUCAGAUUUUAAUUGUUUUUUGCUGGGACAGUAUUUUGUUUUGUUUUGUUUUUUAUCAUGGACUUAUCAAUGUUAUCAAUAAAAUGACAUUGUAUGUAUGAAACUGUAAAUCACCAUUACAUACAUAUGACUAUUUCUUUUUAAAAUAUAUAUUAAAUUUUACAUGAAUGUA